AAAAACUAUCCCAAUAUUUUCUUUUUUCCUUUCCAUGUCUCUUGGUGACAUAAAGUAAUAAGAAAACCAUAUAUGAUCUCUAUCUCCUAUGUUUGGCACUACACUGAAUAAUCUCAUCUCUCUCAUCUAAUUUCUAAAUGGUUAAAGAUAUUCCUUUCAUUGCUUUAUGCAUACUAACUUUGAGUUUAGCUUUUCUCCUGAAAAAACUUCUCUCAAAAAGUCAAACAAAAAAUGUUCCAAAAGGGUCACUUGGAUAUCCUAUUAUUGGAGAGACACUUGGUUUUCUAAGAGCACAGAGACAAGACAAAGGCUAUGAGUGGUUACAAGAAAGGGUAUCUAAGUAUGGUUCUGUCUUUAAAACCUCCUUAAUGGGUUCUCCAACAGUGAUUAUUAUUGGACAACAAGGAAACAAGUUUAUUCUUGGUUCCUCAGAUGAUGUUAUUUCUGCUAAGAAACCUAUAACUCUUCAAAAGAUACUUGGAAAGCAAAGCUUAUCAGAACUUGUAGGAUCAAGCAGGCACAGGUUGGUCAAAGGUGAACUGCUGAAAUUCUUGAAACCUGAAUGCCUUCAGAACUAUGUCAAAAAGAUGGAUGAGUUAGUGCACACAACACUUCUAAAAGAAUUGAAAGGGAAUAAAACAAUACAAGUUGUGAGGUUGAUGAAAAAACUGGCCUAUGAUAUGACAUCCAGCAUCUUAUUUGACAUAGAUCAACACACAAGGGAGAUUCUAUUUGAUGACUUUACCACAUCAUUUAAAGCAAUUCACUCUCUUCCAAUAAAUCUCCCUGGCUCAUCAUUUUGGAGAGGCCAAAAAGCUAGAGCAAGAAUUGUGGAAAUGAUACUUCCUAUUAUGAACGAAAGACGGCAAGAAUUAUCAAAAGGGGUUCUAAGUUCUACAAAUGAUAUGCUUUCAUGCCUUCUCGCAAUAAGAGAUGAAAAUGAUAAGCCUUUAAACGACGACUUAAUUACCGACAAUUUUGUUUUUAUGUUUGUUGCAAGUCAUGACACAUCUGCUACUCUCAUGACAUUGAUGAUAUGGAAGUUAUCUAGAGAUCAAGAGGUUUAUAACAAAGUUUUAGAAGAACAAAUGGAGAUUUUAAAGCAAAGGAAUGAAAAUGAAGAGAGGUUAACAUGGGGAGAGAUACAAAAGAUGAAAUACACAUGGAGAGUUGCUCAAGAAUUGAUGAGGAUGAUCCCUCCUUUGUUUGGUGGAUUUAGGAAAGCACUUAAAGAUACUAGUUACCUAGGAUAUGACAUACCAAAAGGAUGGCAGGUAUAUUGGGCAUCAUGUGGAACACAUAUGGACAAAGAUAUAUUCGAGAAUCCAGACAAGUUUGAUCCAUCUCGUUUUGAAAAUCAAACAAAGUCAAUCCCACCCUUUUCUUACCUUCCAUUUGGUGCAGGGUCUCAUAAUUGCAUAGGAAAUGAGUUUGCUAGGGUUCAGACAUUAACUACCAUUCACAAUUUUGUGAAGUUGUACGAAUGGUCUAAAUUGAAUCCAAAGGAAACUCUUACUCGUCAACCAAUGCCUUAUCCAUCAUUGGGCCUUCCAAUUAAGAUCAAACCAAGAUGUAAUAUGUCUUAAAUUUUACUGUCAUCUCCUAUGUGUUUGGUGUUGUUUCUUGUCGUGUAAAUAUGUAAUUCCAACGAAACUUCUUAUUAGCCCACUUUAUUAAUGAAAAAUGUUAUUUAUUGGAGAGUCCGUGAGGUUUGUUUUGGUUCUUCUUCAAUUAAGAAACCAUGAAGUUAGGUAGCAUAAAUCCAGCAAAAUGGUCUUGGGAUAACUUACAGGGCCGGCCCUUUGCAGGGCUACAUCACAGGCCCCAAAUUUUGGGAGGUCCCAAAUUUUUAAAAGGUUCAAUUUUUUUUCAUAAAUAUUAAUCGAAAUAAAAAAAAUGUUAUAAUAAAAAUCUAAUAAAUAAAAAAGAUG